AUGUCUCGACAAAAAAAAUCGCGAGAAAUCCGGUUCGGAGACUACAUUCUGGGGUCGACUCUGGGCGAGGGAGAGUUUGGCAAGGUGAAAAUCGGCUGGAGAAAGGACGGCAAGCAGCCCGAGCAGGUGGCCAUCAAGCUCAUCAAGCGCGAGACGGUGCCCCCAAACUCGAACCGCGAGGCCAAGGUGCAUCGGGAGAUUAACGCACUCAAAAUCCUCACCCACCCCAACAUUGUGCGGCUGGAGGAAGUCAUUCAGAACGACAGAUAUAUUGGAAUAGUGCUGGAGUAUGCGUCUGGCGGCGAGCUGUUUGACCACAUUCUGACCCACAAGUACCUCAAGGAGGCCUCAGCCUGCCGCCUAUUUGCACAACUCGUCUCAGGAGUCCACUACCUCCACUCCAAGGGUAUUGUCCAUAGAGACCUCAAGCUCGAAAACCUGCUGUUGGACAAACACAAAAACAUCAUCAUCACGGACUUUGGCUUUGCCAACACCUUUUCAAGGGGCUCAGACGGCCACGUUUUCGAUCUCAUGGCCACAUCCUGUGGCUCUCCCUGUUAUGCUGCUCCAGAACUAGUGGUUUCGGACCAGAAAUACACAGGCCGCAAGGUCGACGUAUGGUCCUGCGGAGUCAUUCUCUACGCCAUGCUCUCUGGCUACCUGCCAUACGACGAUGACCCGGCCAACCCGGAUUCGGACAACAUCACCCAACUGUACAAGUACAUCACCACGACGGCCCUCACGUUCCCCGAGUACGUGCCGCCGCUGCCACGGGACCUAUUACGACGCAUCUUGGUGCCGGACCCCCGAAAACGAAUCUCGUUGAACGAUGUCAGGUACCAUUCGUGGCUGGCUCCCCAUUCUCGUUUCCUGGCCAUCACUCCUAAGGAAUGGGAAGACGCAGUGGGCAAGGUGGCUGUCCCCGUCAAGACACACAUGCCUCGAUCCCACUCAGUCCAGCUUUCCUCUGGUGCUCCAGUCUUUGACUCACGACUCACAAAGCCCUCCGGAGUCAACAUUCCCAACUUUUCGUACAAUAAUAGACAUUCAGUUGGUGGAACGUACUCCAAGCCCAUUCAGCGACAGGGGGAGUCUACCAUUGGAGCAACUGUGUCCUCAAACACACCUGCAGGCCCAAGACCCAUCAGUGCUGGCCCCUGUGCUGCCACAGCUGCUGCUGCUUCUGCCUCCAAGUCGCAUGCUGCGGCGAACCCUCCCACCCACGCUUCCACGCCCUCAGUGGCCUCACUCAAUAUACCCGAAGAUACCAACAACAAUAGCACGUCCAAUUCCCGACAAGCCCCCAGAUCUGCCACAUACACGGGCAUUUCGCAACUCACAUCACCCCCGGGGGCAUCCCCCACGUCGCCCAAAUUCGAUUUUGAUCUGCCCAAGCCUUCCAUUGGCACCAUCACUGAACAGCCCACGCCUCCCAGCAGUCCAAAGGUCAAGGAGAAGGGCAAGGAGGCGGAUGAUCUCGGACCACGUGAUCUUCCUGCUGUCCCCGAUACUGCUCCUGAAGCCACUCCUCCGGCUUCUGCGGCUGACACUAUCCCCAGCGCCCCCGCUACGGCCCCCUCAGCCCCCGUGCUUGAACAUCAGUCGUUUGGAGCGUCAUUUGGCACCUCGUUUAGUUCGUCGUUUGCUGCUUCAGAUCCAUCUUCCCCUCUGGUAUCGUCUACUCGUCUGCCUCCUGGACGAAAACCCCGACCCACAUCCUACCAACCCACACCCACGCAGUCGUCCAUGCAGCCACCGGACUCGUUCCCCUACAUGCACAUGGUUAACAAGAACGCCUCUGUGCCUGGUUCGGCCAACUCGGUGACCCCGACAUCGUCGCAGCAGAGCGCUCAGCCGGUACCUCUGUCGCUGGUAACACCCAGUACGGCUGGCUCGACCUUCUUCCGACGCCCUUCGUCGGACGACUCGCAGAUCUCAUUCGAUGAACGACGCAAGAGCGGCUCCUUUCUGGUGCCCCAGUCGUCACUGCCCAAGGUCAAGUACUCGGACUCCAUGGUCCAGGGUGAGCUGUCGUCUCCGCAGUUCCGCAACUCGCCCAGCCAGGUGGCGCUCUCCAACUGGUCCAAUAGAAAUUCUGUGGCUUCAAUGGAGAGUGGAGAUGAGGGUGUUAUCGGGGAGGUUGAGUCGGUUGCAGAAAAAAAGGAAACUGACAAGGAAGUUGUCGACACUGUGGCUCAGUCUGACACCACUUUGAUGCCCCCUCCAGCCCUCCCCACCUCUGCACAGGUUCCUGGCAAGUCUACGACCCCCCGAGCGGUUUCAGCUGAGUCCAAGACAACCAGCACGUCCAGAACGUCCAUGGAAAAACCUCUUCCUGUUGUUCCCGCUGCUUCUGCUGCGCCUGCUGCAGUGAUCCCCACAGCGCCCUCUGGAGCCAUUAAUCCCGGUGCUCCUAACUUCUCGCGACCCCGACCGGUGUCCAUGCAGGCACCCAAGGCCCAGACCCGGUCACAUCGUCGAGGAGUCGCCUCCAUCUCUUACGGGGCUGACAAGCUCUUUGGCAAGAUCAUUGGCGACAACCUGGACAAUGACAAGGACCCAAGAGAGUCGAAGGAGUCUGUCAAGGAUGCGAAGGGAGGCUCCAGCUCAGCUGCCUCUGGUGCCGGUGCGCCCACGGCCGAAUCGACUUCCAAGAAACGCUUCUCGUUCUUUUCAAACUACUCAAAGGAAAGUGUGGAGUCUCACGAGGCUCACUCCACACCAUCCACGUCCUCUAGAAAGAUACUAGAGCCUCCUGCGCUAGACCGGUCGCACUCGAUGAACCAGCGUCAAAACAGACAGGUGUCUGCCUCCCAGGUGAGCACCGCCGAGUCUACCCAUUCUUCGACCGCCCGCAAGGUCAUGGACUUUUUCCGACGACGGUCAAGAGUUUCUGCAUCUUAA